GCCGAGUGUGACUUUUCGGAGCAUAUCUACAUUGAUUUUCGAUGUGGAUUCUGCCAUAAAGGGAUAUUCCAAGCAGAAUCCCUGAACACUAAACAUUUUCUGUUUCUUUAAGAUCCCUCUUCCCGACUUCACACUCUUCGCGUCCGAAUACGAAUCUCUCUCCGUAUGAUCACACCAGAGUGAAGACGGCGACAUGAAAUUUCUCCCAAGCACAUUGACGGUUUUAGCCGUCCUGGCGGGACAUGCGGCCGCCGCAUCGUCAAGUUUCACGGCUGUAUUAGCAGAGUACCCUCCAUGCGCUGAAGCGUGUCUCAUAGAGUUGGUACCGGCAUCGAGUUGCAUGACUGGCACAGAGCAGGAGCAACUAGCUUGCCUAUGCACUAACACUGCGCUUCAAGCCAAUAUCACAACUUGCGUCCGUGCCGGAUGUACGACUUACGAAGGCCUACAGACCAAGAACGUCACUUAUAACUUGUGCGGUGUCGAAGUUCGGAAUGACAGUGCAACCCCACUCCUGGUUGGUGUUAUUGGAGGAGCUGUUGCCCUCCUGGCCUUUAUCAUGCGAAUGUGCUCUGGAUUACCCGCCAGCGGACGAGUCCUUGGAUGGGACGAUUGGACUAUGGCUGUAACCGUAGCUCUCGCCGUGCCGCCGACCGUCUUUUCAGUUCUCUUAUCCAAGAACGGCCUAGGCAAAGACAUGUGGACAUUACCUCUAAAGAAUAUUGAGAAUGUUCUAUUUUAUUACUACCUAGGAGAGAUAUUUUACUUCGCUUCGCUAUCGUUCAACAAAAUCUCACUGCUACUUUUCAUCCUAAGAGUGUUCCCCGACAAGGCUUUUCGCAAGAUGGUCUUUGUCGUUAUCGGUUUGUGCGUAGGCUAUGGUUUUGGGUUUGUCCUGGCAACUGCAUUCCAAUGCAGCCCUGUCAACCACUCCUGGCUUCAAGUCGACAGUGCGCAUCUGGGAACAUGCAACAACAUUAACCUUCAAGGAUGGAUGAGCGCUAUUUGUAACAUUGUUAUCGACCUAAUCAUCAUAGUGCUGCCGUUGAAAAAUCUGCUAGGGUUGCAGAUCAAACUCAAGAAGAAAAUCAUGAUCAUGUUCAUGUUUUCCUUGGGCAUCUUCGUCACUAUUGUUAGCGUCAUCCGACUUCGUUCCUUGAUCUUAUUUGCAAGCACCGAAAAUCCUACAUGGGACUAUAACGAAGCCGCCUGGUGGUCCACCAUAGAGCUGCACGUUGGCAUUAUCUGCGCUUGCCUACCUAGCCUACGAUCUCUUUUCGUCAGUCUUGGCGUCAAGAUCCUCGGCUCUAGCAACGACAAGUCUCGUGGAACUGGCUACGGAACCAACGGUUCACACAUGGGAGCGAGCCGGUCCGGACUGGGAGCCGAGAAGCAAGCAGCACAAAGCAACCCUAAGCGGGGCGACGAGGGCGACUUCAUACCACUGGUCGAUGUCAACGAUAGUAAAAAGGCCAGUAAACAGUUCGACUUUGGUGUGGCAGUCGAAGAAACCGAUAGCUACGAAUCUGAUGGGAAGAACACCGGCUACCAUGCUACAGCAUAUCGGUGAGGUGGGAUAUGGAAGUUUUGGAAUUAUCACAAGACUGGUCGACCUUGAGUCUGUCGUUUCUGCAAAUUUCUGUAUACCUAAGGGGGGCACACCAUUCACUUUAGCAUCUUCAUUCAACCUCGUUCGAUUUUCAAAAUCAAGCCACUUGCCCAUGUAUCGUUGUACUUGGG